GAGAGGUACAGCAGCCGCACGCGUCGCCGCCAAUCCCCCCCGCCACCAUGGUCUUGUACGAGCUGAUAGGCGUUGUCCGGCCGGGCAAGGUCUCCGAAGUCAAAGAAAUCGCCAAAACCGCAGGCAGCCUAAUCCUCAACAGCGGGGGCGUAAUCCGGGGCGUAACGAACUGGGGAAUCUUCCAGCUGCCGAAGCCAUACCGGAAGCACCAAGUGCUGCACCACACGGGGCACCACUUCAUCCUGCGCUUCGACUCGUCCGCCCGCACGCAGCACACGAUGCGGCGCACCAUCGCGCUGGACCCGCGGCUGAUCCGCUUCGCCGUCGUCAAGCUCGGCAGCAAGCUCGACGACAUCGCCGACGUCGAGAGCAUCGUCCCCUGGGGCUCGGGCGUCGCGGCUCAGACCUCAGACGUCCGUCGCUCCGCCCUCGCUGCCGCUGGUGCCCAGCCCCAGCCUGACUUGUCCCUCGCCCCCGGCUCUAGCCUGGAGCAUAAUCGCAUCAUGCAGGACGAGAUCAGGAAUAUCUUUGAUUCCAUGGCGACGGGCCCCCAGGCCCCGAACAAGUCGGAGUAGCCGGUCUGUCUGCCUGCUGCUGCCCUCGUUGUAUCAUAUUGGGGUUUCCCUAAGCCUGCGCGCUGCGGGACGGACGGCGUUUGGAGGUUGGGACUUUAGAUGCUGGUGAUCGCAUGGGUCACGGGUCACACGAGCUCUCUCUAGGUGGAAAAAGAAAAAAGAACCCAAAGAGACGUUUUCACGGAAGGAAUGGAUGGAUGUAUGUCGGGAUAGUCGGAGAUCACGUGCUGCUACUUUUGGUAUAUCAUUUUUUCCUGGCAAGAGCUACGCAUGCAUGCUCCCGAGCGUCAUUGUACAAACAGCUAAGGCGCAUUUCCAAUCAAAAAAAAUUUCACCUCCCA